ACAAUAAAUGUGUGCAAAUGCUCUCCGCAGAGACGAGUCCCCACCUCAGUCGGUAUAGAAAAGCAUGAUAAAGGUUGGAAAAAAUGGAUAAAAAUGUUGAAAGAACCUCCAGUUCCUUAUUAGGCGAAGAUACAAUAUUUAUUCCUUGUCUCCUGGGAUAAAUCUCUUCUGCCUAUUGUCCUCCCAGUUCUCAGUGCUGAUGCUUAAUUUUCAAAACUUCUAUAUUACCAAGGGACCUACGACAUCAGCCAAAGAAAUACUCAGCAAGUACAAAAUCUGUUCCAGGGAGCUGCUUUUGUGCAGAGGGAAAAUUUUGUUCCUACAGGUUUUUAAGUGGGUAUGAGGCAAGGAGCUGUCUGAUCCCGGGAAAGCCAUUACAAUUUAGAUCUCUAUCUAUAGAACAUUUUUUUUUUCCUUAAAAAAAUUGGAAAAUACAAGAAGUUUGGAUUUUUUUCACGAUUCUUUUUUUGGAGGGGGAAAUUGCAUCGUAAGCUUUCGGAGAAACCCAACAUGUCAACUACCUUUCCGGGACUAGUCCACGAUGCCGAGAUACGUCACGACGGAUCAAACAGCUACCGUUUGAUGCAGCUUGGCUGUCUGGAGUCCGUAGCCAAUUCCACUGUCGCCUAUUCCUCCUCCUCUCCAUUAACUUACUCCACUACCGGCACCGAGUUUGCGUCCCCCUACUUCUCCACUAACCACCAGUACACCCCGCUCCACCACCAGUCCUUCCAUUACGAGUUUCAGCACAGCCACCCGGCCGUCACCCCCGACGCCUACUCUCUGAACUCGCUCCACCAUUCGCAACAGUACUACCAGCAGAUCCACCACGGGGAGCCCACCGACUUUAUCAACCUGCACAAUGCGCGGGCGCUCAAGUCGUCCUGCCUGGACGAGCAGAGGCGGGAGCUGGGCUGCCUCGAUGCCUACCGCCGCCACGACCUGUCCCUCAUGAGCCAUGGCUCUCAAUAUGGAAUGCACCCAGAUCAAAGACUCCUGCCAGGGCCCAGCCUGGGGCUGGCCGCCGCGGGAGCCGAGGACUUGCAGGGCUCUGUGGAAGCCCAGUGUGGGCUUGUUCUCAAUGGCCAAGGUGGGGUGAUAAGAAGAGGUGGCACCUGUGUGGUCAACCCCACAGACUUGUUUUGCUCUGUCCCUGGUCGUUUGUCCCUUCUCAGUUCUACUUCCAAAUACAAGGUGACCAUUGCUGAGGUAAAGAGACGCCUCUCUCCGCCUGAAUGCCUCAAUGCAUCACUCUUAGGAGGCAUUUUGAGAAGAGCAAAAUCUAAGAAUGGAGGCCGCUGCCUGAGAGAGAAACUGGAUAGAUUGGGCCUGAACUUGCCAGCAGGAAGACGGAAAGCAGCCAACGUGACCCUCCUCACUUCCUUAGUUGAAGGGGAGGCCUUACACCUGGCUCGGGAUUUUGGCUACACUUGUGAAACAGAGUUUCCAGCCAAAGCAGUAGGAGAACAUCUUGCCAGACAACAUAUGGAACAGAAAGAACAGACAGCAAGGAAAAAGAUGAUUCUGGCGACCAAACAAAUUUGUAAAGAAUUCCAAGACCUCUUGAGCCAAGAUAGAUCACCGCUGGGAUCCUCCAGACCCACUCCAAUUCUAGACCUUGACAUCCAGAGACACUUAACACAUUUCAGUUUGAUCACUCAUGGCUUUGGGACGCCAGCAAUAUGUGCAGCCCUAAGCACUUUCCAAACAGUCCUCAGUGAAAUGCUGAACUACUUGGAAAAACACACUACUCACAAAAACGGUGGAGCUGCGGAUUCCGGCCAAGGACAUGCCAACUUGGAGAAAGCCCCGCUGCGGAAAACUUCAGAGGCUGCCGUGAAAGAAGGCAAAACAGAAAAGACAGACUAGCUACAUCAAACAGAAUCUAUUUCCAGAGAGUCUUGCUGCUGAUAUUUUUUCUAAUAUAUAUAUCGUUGAGGGUGAUUAAUCUUCAGUGGACCAAAUCUCUUCCCUUCUCAACCCUCCAUUAAAAAAAAAAAAAUGGAAAUGAAAAAUGAAACAAAAAAGGACAAACCCA